AUGUAUCUGUUGCUGCAUGAGCAUUACAGUGAGCUGCAAGCCCAACACACUGAAGUGGUCCGAACCUCGGAUGAACAAAGACAGUUGAUCAGUAAAUUGGAGAAGGACCUACUGAGUGUCAACACACUGUCUACUAUGUAUGUCAGAGGGGAGGGUGAGGGUCAAGCAACCCCGUCAAGCACUGAGGCAGGCUUUGCUGCAGAGGCAGUCAGAGAAACAGUGCCAUUAGGCAAGUCCGUGUCAGACAACAACCAGGGUGCUGCAGAGUCCCUGCUACCUAUUGUAUCUAGUCAGAGGGAACGAUUCCGACUACGCAAUCAAGAACUAGAAGCAGAAAAUCGACAGCACCAGCAACAGGUGAACAUACUGAAAGAGGAAACUGACAAGCUACGUACGGAUAACAUCAAGCUGUAUGAGAAGAUUCGAUUCUUGCAAAGCUAUAAAAAGAGCAAGGGUUCUACUGGGCCUGAUGAUACCGAGAGUCGUUACUCAACUCAGUAUGAGCAACGCCUCGACCCAUUCAACUCAUUCAGCAGGAAAGAGAAGCAGCGUAAAUAUAUGAAUCUCAGCCCCUUUGACAAGGCGACUCUCAACAUGGGCCGACUGGUCUUAUCCAAUAAGAUAGCCCGAAUGAUAGCCUUCUUCUAUGUGAUAAUCCUACACCUGUUGGUAUUCUUGGUGCUGUACAAGAUGGCAUACACAUCGGCCUGUAAGAGAGACUCAGCUGCUGAUUGCUACCAUCAGUUUCAAGAACACAUGAAUCAUUUCCAUCCUGGAGACAAGGUACCAGCAGACAUGUUGGAUGGUCUUGGACAUGGUUGA